UUCACCGGUGUCUCCUCCACCUCCAAACAAAUCCAUCCCCACUCUAUCCUCUAUCUAUCACUGUGUCCCAAUUCAGCAUUUGGUAAGAGAGAGUGUUUUUCUUUUCUUUUCUUUUCUUUUUUUCUCACCAAAAUCUUCAUUCAAUUCUAUGGCUCAAACCACGCCAAAUCACACAGUAACCGUAUCUGGUUGGGCCGCACACGAUUCUUCCGGCAAAAUCACCCCCUACACCUUCAAAAGAAGGGAGAACGGCGUUAACGACGUGACCAUAAAGAUCUUGUACUGUGGGAUUUGCCACACUGACCUCCACCAUGUUAAAAAUGAAUGGGGAAUCACUAUGUAUCCCGUCGUACCCGGACACGAAAUAAUUGGGGUGAUUACUAAGGUGGGGAGCGAUGUGAAGGGGUUCAAGGAAGGAGACAGGGUGGGUGUGGGGUGUUUGGCAGCUUCGUGUUUGGAUUGUGAGUACUGCGACGCACAUCAAGAAAACUACUGUGAAAAGUUGCAAUUUGUGUACAACGGAAUCUUCUGGGAUGGAAGCAUCACCUAUGGUGGUUACUCACAAAUCUUCGUCGCAGAUCACAGAUAUGUGGUGCACAUUCCUGCGAACCUAGCAAUGGACGCAGCAGCUCCUCUACUAUGCGCAGGAAUAACAGUGUUCAGUCCCUUGAAGGACCACGGUUUGGUAGAAACUCCGGGGAAAAAGAUUGGUGUGGUUGGUUUGGGUGGGCUUGGACACAUAGCUGUUAAAUUUGGCAAGGCUUUUGGCCACCAUGUUACUGUCAUAAGCACUUCUCCCUCCAAAGAAGCUGAAGCUAAGGACCGUUUGGGUGCUGAUGAUUUCAUAGUCAGCUCCAACCCCAAACAAUUACAGGCUGCAAAAAGAAGCCUAGAUUUCAUAUUGGACACUGUAUCAGCAGAGCACGCUCUCUUGCCCAUCAUGGAAAUGCUAAAAGUAAAUGGGACCUUAUUCAUUGUGGGUGCACCGGACAAGCCAUUCCAAUUACCAGCUUUCCCAUUGAUAUUUGGGAAGAGAUCAGUGAAGGGUGGGAUCAUAGGGGGAAUGAAAGAGACGCAGGAAAUGAUGGAGGUUUGCGGGAAAUACAAUAUAACGAGUGACAUUGAGUUGAUCACACCUGACAGAAUCAACGAGGCUUUGGAGCGUCUUGCUAAAAACGAUGUACGCUACCGUUUUGUCAUUGACAUUGCAGCCACUUCCAACAACUAGGCUUCUGAGUUCAGAUUUGUUGUAUUCAUUCAGUACUAGUUGUUUCAGCAUUUACUUUUCGCCACAAAACCCAGUUAGUACCUAGUUUAGUAUAGGAUAAAUCUAUUAUUAAUGCACUUUUCAUUUCAGUGAAAAAUCUUCUCACUUCUCACUUCUCCUUAGUCCUUGCUAGCAAGACUCAAUGUAUUUAUUACAUUACAGAGGAUCGUUAGUAACGUACUAUUUAUCAUA